CUCACUGCGGGGAUGUUUACUCCGCUCCGCGCCGACGUCAGAGAGCACACCAGCCAUCCCAGCAUGCACCGCGAGGCCGCGGAGCGAGCCAGCAGCUGCUAGUGAGUCGCCAGAGCGCCGAGCAGGCAGCAACCCUGCGGUCCACGCUCACGCUCACGCAGAACACGCGUUCUUUCAGUGGGGGGAACUCACUUGUCUACCUUGACUGGCCGGCAGGAGAGGGGGGCAAAAAAAAAAAGCGACAUGCCGUGCGGACGCCUGGCGAGUCACUUUUGAGUCACUAUUGUCUUUCGGUUUCCAUUUUGGAGGAUUCCUCCCUCCAUCCAGGCGAUGACAACGGUCCCGGCAACCCCGCAGCAGAUGAGGGACCGGCUGCUGCAGGCCAUCGACAGUCAGAGCAAUAUAUGCAAUAUGGUGGUUGUACUUGAGGUGAUUACCUGUCUGGAGAAGUAUCCUAUCACCAAAGAAGCACUUGAGGAAACCCGACUUGGAAAGCUGAUCAACGAUGUACGAAAGAAGACCAAGGACGAAGACCUGGCCAAGCGCGCCAAGAAGCUCUUGCGAAACUGGCAAAAGCUGAUCGAACCCGGGCCUGCGGUGUCUGCGAGUGCUCCCGGCUCCACCAAUGGCAGCUCUCAUCCCUGCAGAACGGACGCCUCGCCACCCGACAUCUCGUUACCAGCGAAGGGGGUCCCCGAAGUGAAAGUCAGGAAUGAUGUUCACAACACUUAUUCGCCGAAGGCUGAAAAAUCAAGCAGCCGCAAGCGCCGAGCGGAGCACAGAGACAGUGGGGUGCACUUACCGGAGAAAAUUUCCAAGCUGUCUUCGUAUGACAAUUCUGUUUCACCGCCCCCCACGAACGGGAUCGCGGGCAGCCCUGACACACUGCUCGAGCAGGACCUGGUUCCCUCCCCGGACCGAUCCCGGCUCGAGCACCUUGACAAUGAUAAAAUCAACAGAAUUCCGGUAAAUGCUGUCAAGCCUCGGCCCAGCUCCCCGGGAGUGGCCAAACUACCUAGCACUUCAUCUUUAAUCAAGGUUGCUGUCAUGCAGCAGAAGGCAAGGAUGGAUGAUAGUGGUGGAGGGGGGCAUUACCAAGCCAGAAGCCCCCGUGGUCUUUCUACCAGUCCAAGGAGCACAAAAGAUGCCACGACCAAGCGCUCUGCGGCGUAUGCACAAAAGUUAACAUCUGUCCCCAGCCCUUCGCCCAGGGAUCCCUUGCCUUUGUCCCAGCCCGUGUCCUCCCCAGCCCACUCUUCUUAUAGGUCUUCAACGCACUGGGCCACCUCGCCAGAAGUCCCUUCUCAUUGCUCCUCACAAGACUUAUCCAUGUCACUGGAAUCCCCCUCAGUCUCCCACUCACCCUCGCGCCCCCAACACAACUCAGAACUACACCGGCCAAAGUCCGAAGGAGCUGUGACUGUCCCCGACGGCACGGACGGCUUGCUGACUUCAGCCUCGGAGUAUAAAAGGAAGAAGUACCGCUCUAGGGACUAUUCUGUCAAUUUAGAUGGACAGAAAGUAGAAGACACAACUAAGCCAGUGCGGUUAAAAGAACGUAGGCUAACGUUUGACCCGGUAACGGGUCAGAUCAAACCCAUAGUCCAUAAAGAACCUUCUCAAACCGAGGAACCCCCCACUCCCGAGCCCGCCGUUGAGUCCAGGCAGAGAACUGAAAGCACUGUACCACAGGCCCCAGCCCCAGGCCCGGGCCCCAACCCUUUCCACCAAACAAACUGGAAAGAGCUGUCCAGAAACGAAAUCAUCCAGUCCUACUUGAACCUUCAGAGCAACGUGCUUACGUCGUCCGGUGUCCAGGCCCCGAGCGCACACUUUUUCAUGUCCGAGUACCUGAAGCGGGACGACCAGGGCGUAAAAGAGCCCAGGAAAAUGCACGUUUUGCAGGCGGACAGCCCGGCGGGAGAUUUAGCGGGCGUGACUCGGGACGUAAGCGCGGAGGACCUGGACAGGGUACAAAGCCAGCAUUGGCCUGGGGUCAAUGGGUGUUUGGACACCAAGGGCACCUGGUAUGACUGGACAGAGUGCAUAUCGUUGGACCCUCAUGGGGACGAAAGCAAACUGAACAUCCUGCCGUACGUUUGCCUAGACUAAGGGGUCCUUUUUCCACUCCUGACGAGAUCAUUUGUGAUUUUGUUUGUCCACUGUGAGUUGGGCAGAAGCCAGGCCUGCUAAACUCUCCUGCCCCUCCCGUGCCUCCUCUUCUUUCUGUGAUUGAGAGAUUUUGGUAUAAAAAAAAGAUGACAAAUUAAAAAUAAUAUUUGUGUUUGUGAUAUCAAGGGCUGCUUUCCUUUUUUUUUUUUUUUUUUCCAAGCUGAAAGCCACAUGGAAGGAUCAGGCCCAAGUUGCAGAAGGCUGCUACUCGCUCAGAAGACAAAGGAAGGAGGGCAGAAUUAUCCCCGCCCGCAGAAAAACAUGGCACCAUAUUUCCGCCCGACCGGGAAAAUACUGCCCUCCAGGUUUUUUUUGUACCUUUUUGGUUUCUACAAUGUAGGGUGACAAUGAGGGUGGGCUGUCUGGUCCUGUGCCAGGCCGGCACGUUUGAAGAUGAACACGUCUCCGGUGUGAGGAGCAUAACUGGCGGUUAUGAGAAGCUUUAUGUGAAUUAUAAAACUAAAUUAUACUUUCUUUCUUUUU